UGUCGGGGCACCAGCUUAUUGAUUAAAUAACUCAAUGCGCGAAGCGAUCAUACAUACACUGACUGCAUUCUGGUAUUUUCUGGAGUUUUCCAUUAUGCCUGUUCGGGUUGUCAUCGAAGCGUGACCCGGUGUCAUUUGAAUGUUGUAAAGUGAUAGUAGAGUAGAUUAAAUUAUCUCGUCUUAGUGCAGGCCUCAUUUUUUUGGAGUGCACAUUAAUUUUAAGUAAUGGCGGAUUCAGUAAACAAACGAAAAAUAAUGAUUGCUAUGGAUGGCAGUGAAUAUUCAGAAGGGGCGUUGAAAUGGUUUGCGAAAAACAUGUAUCAAAAAGACCGUGAUGAGGUCAUUGUCCUCCACGUCACAGAUCACAGAAAUUCAUCGUCAUUCGGAUCUAACUGGAUGCCAGUUGAUCCCACCAUGGUUCACAUGGCUUAUAAAGAAGAAGAAGAGAAAGCUAAAGUCGCCAUUAAAAAACUAGAUGCAAUCCUCAUGGAUGCCGGGGUCCAAGGAAACGUUGUACGAGCCCACGGUAUUCCCGGAGAGCAAAUCAUCCAAAAGUCGGAAGAAUUAGGGGUCACUAUGAUAAUCAUUGCCUCACGAGGUCUCGGGAAAAUCCGACGGACAAUCUUAGGAAGUGUGAGCGAUUACGUUGUCCACCAUUCGUCCGUCCCAGUCAUUGUAUGUCGCCAUUGAAAAAUUUACGCACAAACUACUAGAAGCGGGAGGAACUUUAUAAAAUCUGCAUUGAAAGAUUGACGUACAUGAACAUUACAAGAAUAAAAUGGAACUUUAUAAGUCUGAAUUGAAAGAUUUACGUAAUGAACUUUACAAGAACGGGAAGGAACUUUAUAGACCGUCAGACACCAUGUUCAUGAAGUCAUCCUGUUUCAACUUAAAUGUGUGAAAAAUCCCCUCAAUAUUACUGUCACGGUUUUCAUUUCUUUUUUCCCUAACAACAAUCAUAAAAAAAUCUUUUGCUUAGAAUUAACGAGCACAGAAAAACGCAUAUUUUUUAUUAAAUUUUCAUUUUUUUUUUUCCAAACAUAUAAUUUUUUAUACAGAUAAUCAUAUUUUUUUAUUUGUACAGACUGAUUCGGUUUGUGCUUGUUGCACUUAUGUUGAUAGAUUUGUACUUAAUUAUCUUUAUGUUGUAGUUCGUAUCCAAUAAACAAAUAAUUUUGUAUAAAUCGUUUAUCUUUUUUAGGAUGAAAAAAGUGUGCCAUAUAAAUGUAGAACUACA